AUGACCUCAGAAGGCACGAGUGGUGUUGCCGUGUCUGAGUUGUUUACCACCAGCGAGAAUGCCUUUGCUUUGCUCGCAAACACCUUGGUCUCUGCCCCAACUAAUGAAGUGGCUGCUGACGAAUUAGGGGAGUCAGGUGAAAGAGUGCAAACCACGCCGAGGGAAACUACCAUUCCUGCCGAGGAAGGAUGCCAAGCUGGCCUCGUUGAGAAUCCACCUAUUACUCGAACAACUAGCCCUGUUGACUUGGGCAUGGCCAGUCUUGAUGACAACCUCGCAUAUCUGAAAGACUUUGAGAGUCAAUUCCUUACGGAGGUUCCUGUCCCCACCAGCAAUCCUUCUCCUUCCUCCAUCAAGGGUGCUCUGACGGCAGUAGGUGAAUUCCUUACCCUCUCCCCUGAAGAAGCCAUGGGUGCUUUAGACACAAAGUGGCCUCAAGAAGCCUUCGACCUCCUUAGCAAGCUCGAGCUGCACCUCCCGAUCCCGGGGAUAGAUAUGGAGCAGAUGCUACUAAUGCAGAGCGCUUCCUCGGAGAUCAAGUCAUGGUUUGCCGCCAUUGAGAGUGCUCGCGAGCUUCGGGACAAGUUGGCACGUGAAGAGGAGACUAAAGCCACCACCCACUCCUCUCUUCAAGAUGAGUUGGCUAAAGGAAGAUCUACAUCAAGCGAGGUGGCCUCGUUUCAAGCUACGGAAGCUACCCGCAAGGCACGGAUUGAUGAACUGAAGGCAGAGCUCCAACGUCUGGAAGAAGAAGAGACUCGAGGGAGGACUCAAAAAGAAAAUUUGGCACGAGAUCUUCAUGAGUCAGCAACCAAGAUCCGUGCUCUUCGUGCGAAAGAAGAAUCUCUCAUGCCUACGAAUGAAAUUGGCCUUCAACGAGCUAAGGCUAUCCAGACGGAUCGCGAGAAUAAGUCCAAAUUCGCCAAUUUGAAGGCUAGCUUCGAUGAGAUCAUCAAGACCCUUGACGCUUGA